GGAGACUGUUGAGAUGUGCCCGGCGCGAACAUGCGUCGUGCAACUUGGCCCCGGCGGUGUCGCUGGCCCGACGAUCCAUCUUGGUCCUCCAUCAACCUUCCCGGCCUCUCCCCUCCUUUCGACCGUCCACGGCCCGAUCCGGCUGCGUCCGGAGUCUGUCCACCCAUCUAACCACCCGCCCGAGCCCAGCAAGGACCCCAACCGCCCGCAAGUAUGGUCAAAGCCGGCCAUCCCACCUCCUCGCCGCAGAAAAAAGGAUCCGCGGAUGCAUCCCAUGGCAAGCCCUUCUUUCCGGUCUCGGUCUUCCGAAGGAGCACCGACGCCAGCGCCCAUGGAUGUGUUCAUCUGCAGAAGGCCAAGCUGCGAUCCAACUCUGAAGAGUUCUUUGACUCGUUUCGGACAUGCGUGCGAUACUCGAUGUGCCAUCAAGCCCGAUUCCAUCUGCACAUGACCAAGAAGGCCCGCAAGGCUCUCGUCGAGGAAGAGGCGGCCAUGAUCGCCAACGGCGGUGGCACGGGCAAGAAGCGCAAGCGGGGUGUCCUAGAGAAGGAAAUGACGGCCAUGGAGAAGCUUCCUUCGCCCCAGUGCGUUGUCUGCGAUGAAACCCUUGGGCGGCUGCACUCCUGCAUCGAAUGCGUGUAUAUCGGCUGCUGGAAAGACGGACACAUGAAGAAGCACUUCUCGGAAGCAAACCACAACUUUGCACUGGAUCUCUCGCACUAUACCGUCUACUGCGCCGCUUGCCACGACUAUGUCUAUGACCUCGAGCUCGAGUCCAUCGUCCAGUCCGAGCGAACUCGGACAGACGCAUUCAUUUCCAGGGUCAAAGAGCCCUCCGUUCGGAGGGUCCGUCCUGUGGAAUGGACGGCCACGUCUGAAGAAACCGAGUUCAUCAAGACCCAUGCGGAUCUGCAACGUUGCGGCGGCUUGCGCGGUCUCCGAAACAUGGGCUCGACCUGCUUCAUGAACGCUGUGCUGCAAACCUUUAUCCACAAUCCACUUCUACGGGGCCACUUCUUGGCCGACAAGCAUGAUGCCGCGAGGUGCCCGAACCAGUCCUGCAUGGCCUGCGAGAUCGACAAGCUCUUCAGCAACUCCUAUACCACGAACGUGUCAACGCCGUAUGGCCCAACAGCGAUUUUGUACCAGAUGUGGAUGUCGCAGAAGCACCUUGCGCGCUAUUCCCAGCAGGAUGCGCACGAAUUCUUCAUAUCGAUUCUGAGCGCCAUCCACAGCGGCUGUGUCGGCACCGAGGAAACUCCGAACUGCCAGUGCGUGGUGCACCAGGUGUUCUCGGGCCUGCUCCAGUCGGACGUGACCUGCCUCAAGUGCUACAAUGUGACCACGGUGAACGACCCGAUGCUGGAUCUGUCGCUGGACCUGAAAAACACCGCAAAGUCGGCCAAGAAGAUCAAGAAAAAGCUCGACGACACAGUCACGCCCACAUCGGAGGAGUCUGCCCGCAUCAGACACGAUGACGGCUGCACAUUGGUGGACUGCCUCGACAGGUUCACACAUCCCGAACGGCUGGGGUCCCAGGAGUAUACCUGCGCCAACUGCGACAAUACCCCACAGGAAGCCACCAAGCAGCUGUCGAUCAAAAAGCUCCCUCCUGUCCUGGGUAUCCAGCUCAAGCGCUUCGAGCACACGGCCGUUUCGUCUUCCAAGAUCGAGACGUUUGUCAGGGUUCCGACCGACCUCGACAUGACGCCGUAUACAUCCCGAUCGGUCAAGCUACGCAUGAAGAAGGCCACGGUCAAGAAGGAUACAACCACGCCGAUCAAAAAAACAGUGCUGAAGGGGCCCUCGCAGUUUGACUACCAAGUCGAUACGGUUCCUGCCCACCGCUACUCGCUCUUUGCGAUCGUCAAUCAUCAGGGCAAGCUUGAGACUGGACACUACACCGCAUGCGUCAAGUACCGCGGCGAGUGGUUCAACAUCGACGACCACAGCAUCACGCUGACGGACCCUCAAGCUGCGCUGGAGAACCAAAUAUACAUGUGCUUCUAUGUGCGCGAGAACCUGGAACUCUGCGAUGGAACAGCUGCCGAACUGCCCCAGCAAACACCCGUUGCUGAUGGCGCUGGAGAUGUCAGCGCCACAUCGACCGUGCCGCCGCCGGGCCCGCUAACGUCAUAGCGACCAGCAGAGGAUGUGUUUGAUGAUUAGUAUUUGAUAUUUGGUAUUUGGUGAUUGGUGGUUGAUGGUUGGUGUUGGUGGUUCAGGUUGAUGCGCUCGAUGUUUGCAGUGCCCUCACAUGCGGACAAUGCACCAUGUCGUAAUAGACCAAAGUCUAUCGCCAGCGCCGCGCAGAUUGCCCGUGCUGCUGCCGCU